AUGAAGGCCACCCCGUUGCUCAUCUCCUGGCAUAAUGACAAUGCCCCUAUCUACUCGGUGCAUUUUGACCCCAAUGGCAAGGGUCGGUUAGCUACUGCUGGAAAUGACAACAACGUCCGACUCUGGAAAGUCGAGUCUACCGGGGAGGACAGAAGAGUCUCUUAUCUGAGCACUCUGAUUAAGCAUACGCAGGCCGUCAAUGUGGUUCGCUUCAGCCCAAAAGGUGAGAUGCUGGCAUCUGCCGGAGAUGAUGGAAAUGUCCUACUCUGGGUACCGUCGGAGCUACAAACACAAGCUGGACUGGGUGAAGAUCGUUCGGACGACAAAGAGACCUGGCGAGUGAAGCACAUGUGCCGCUCUUCUGGCGCCGAGAUCUACGACCUGGCCUGGUCUCCCGAUGGUGUUUUUAUCAUUACAGGCAGCAUGGACAAUAUCGCACGGAUUUACAAUGCCCAAACUGGGCAAAUGGUACGACAGAUUGCCGAGCAUUCUCACUAUGUUCAAGGUGUAGCAUGGGAUCCGCUUAACGAAUUUGUCGCGACUCAAUCGUCCGACCGAUCCGUUCAUAUUUAUACAUUGAAGACCAAGGAUGGACAAUUCACAUUGACACCACACGGGAAGGUUCUCAAGAUGGAUCUCCCUGCCAAGCGUAUCGCAUCCAGUAGUCCUGCACCCCCAGAUGUGACUAACCGGUCUCAUCAAAGCACUGGAAAUUCUAUUGCUAUUGCCUCGCCUGUUCCCUCGACCCCGGGGACUCCAAUGGCUUCCAACCUACCAAUGGAUCCUCCUCCAGUCUCACACAGUCGGCGUUCUUCGUUCGGCUCGUCUCCUUCUAUCCGGCGAUCUGCGUCUCCUGCCCCAUCUCUCCCGUUGCCCGCUGUUAAGCCAAUGGAGGUCUCCUCCCCUAGUUUUGGUGGCCUGGGUGUCAAGAAUGCUAGCAUUUAUGCCAACGAGACGUUUACCUCUUUCUUCAGGCGACUGACUUUUGCUCCUGACGGAAGUCUGCUGUUCACACCAGCUGGUCAAUUCAAAACCAGUCACGUAUCAGCCACAGAUUCUACAAAGACGACAGACGAAGUCAUUAACACAGUUUAUGUCUACACACGGGCUGGUUUCAGCAAGCCGCCGGUCUCUCACCUUCCAGGGCACAAGAAGCCAUCUGUAGCCGUCAAAUGCUCCCCGGUCUUUUACACGUUGAAGCAGGGCACCCAACCUGCGAAAAGCAUUACCCUUGAUACGUCUUCGGGCGAGGAAAUGUUCCCAUCUCUUCCAGACCCCGUGGUAUCGGGAAACCCAUCUUUCACCGGCCAACCCCACAUGGUCUCUCCAUCCUCAACGACGGCCGAGCCAUCGAAGCUUCAGCCAUCGCCAAAGGCCGCCGAAGACGGCAGCAUUGAAGCAAGCCAGAGCUCAGCGCCCGUUUUUGCGCUUCCUUACCGCAUUGUAUAUGCCGUUGCCACUCAAGAUGCUGUUUUGGUAUAUGAUACGCAACAACAAACCCCGCUAUGCAUUGUGAGCAAUUUGCAUUUUGCUACUUUCACGGACUUGACUUGGUCCGCUGAUGGGUUAACAUUGAUCAUGAGUUCCUCUGAUGGCUUCUGCUCUACACUCUCGUUCGCACCUGGAGAGUUGGGCCAAACGUACACAGGACCAACCUCUGUGACUCACAACGCUGCAACCCCAACCACCCCUGCGACGAAUCUCACACCUCUGCUGAACCCAACGCAUGCGGCGUCUCCACAUGUGCCAUCUCCAAUCAAGACGAACCAUGCGUCCUCGAAUAGCACAGGUCCCGCACUACCAGCUAGCCCUGCACGGUCCAACUCCACCUGCUCAAUCGCGACACAAUCUUCCUCACAGCCAACCCCUGCGGGAGUCGUGAAUAAUCCUACCCCCACACUUGGGACUGUCCCCUCGGUGACGGCAACGCACUCUGCGCAGCCAUCGACACUUCCACUGACAACCCCACCACAAACGCCCAUCUCAGGCGCUCCACAAAAUGGACACACGACCGGUGCUAGCAUUCUGGGCAAGCGCGACACAAGGCCUGCAAGCGAGUCUGAAAGAGAAGAGGGCAAGGAAGACUCAAAUAAUGCAUCACAGCAGCCGCCGAAGAGGCGCCGUGUGGCCCCCACCCUUAUUUCGGCAGGUACUGAUGGAGCCUCAUUCUCGAAGGACCACAAGUCCUAA